AGAAAGAAACCCUUCACUUGUUUUUCACAGAAGAAGACAGCUAAGUGAGAAAUUGAAACUCGAAAUCCAAAAUCUUCUUCCAUAGAAAUUCCCUCUCUUCCUGUCCAUAUUCAUUUUACCCGCCUUUUCAGUCCCAACAAAAGUCCCCUCUCUCUCCUCUCACCACUCUGAAAAAAAAAUUCUUCUCCUCUGCACCUAGCAAUUUAUUGUGGUGCGCACUUUAAGGAUCAUCAUUUUUCCCCCCCUCUCUCUCUCGUCUCUUUACAAAGAAGAAGAAGAAGCAUUUUCUAUCUUUCAAUGGAUUCGGCCACAUUAGCAACAAGAUCUUCAUCUUAUUUCGGAAGGUUAUCAUCGAAUAACAAAAACCCUAAUCCAUCUUCGUUACUUCUUUUAUGUAUCAAAGAGAAAAAAGAUAAGAAAUAUUUAUUCAAAUCAUUGAAAUCUUCAAACCCUAGCUCAUCUUCGGUAGUAACUGAAACUUCUUUAGGAACAUCGACAUCCGGUGAAGAUAACGGUGGUGGUGGAGUUGUUAGUUCCAAAUUUAAAAGACUUGUCAAUGAAUUUGAAACGAUUACAGAACCAAUCGAUAAAGUUAAACGUAUUUUACAUUACGCGAAUCUACUGCCUCGAUUUGAGGAUUCUGAUCGAGUAAUUGAGAACAGAGUUAUGGGAUGUACUGCACAAGUAUGGUUAGUAACAAAAAUGGAUGAAUACGGAAAGAUGAGGUUUUAUGCUGAUAGUGAUUCUGAGAUAACUAAAGGGUUUUGUUCUUGUUUGAUUAUGUUAUUGGACGGGGCUUUACCUGAGGAAGUAUUGAAAUUGACAACACAAGAUUUAUUUGCUUUAAAUGUAGGAUUGUUGCCGAGUAAGUCACAAUCCAGAGUUAAUACAUGGCAUAAUGUAUUCAUUAGCAUGCAGAAGAAAACUAAGAGUUUGGUUGCUGAAAAACAAGGGAAACCUCCGCUUAAGCUUUUUCCUUCUCUUGUUAUUACUGCUGAUGAUAUUCAGCCUAAAGGAAGCUAUGCUGAAUCUCAGGCGAAGUUCUUGUUCCCUGACGAAUUAAAGGUUACAGAACUAGUCAAUGUGCUAAAGAAGAAGAAAAUUGGUGUCGUUGCACAUUUUUAUAUGGACCCAGAGGUUCAAGGCAUCUUAACCACGGCGCAGCAGCAGUGGCCUCACAUACAUAUAUCCGAUUCCUUGGUUAUGGCAGAUAUGGCUGUUAAGAUGGCAAAAGAUGGAUGCCAAUAUAUCACAGUUCUGGGUGUAGAUUUCAUGUCAGAGAAUGUACGAGCGAUUCUUGAUCAGGCUGGGUUUGAGAAGGUUGGUGUAUACAGAAUGUCCGAUGAAAGAAUUGGUUGCUCUUUGGCUGAUGCUGCAGCAAGUCCUACGUAUACAAGUUAUCUCGAGGCAGCUUCGAGGUCCCUUCCUUCUUUGCACGUGGUCUACAUAAACACAUCAUUAGAAACAAAGGCACGGGCCCAUGAGCUCGUACCCACAAUUACCUGCACUUCAUCCAAUGUUGUGAAUACCAUUCUUCAGGCAUUUGCUCAGGUACCAGAUUUGAACAUAUGGUAUGGUCCUGAUUCCUACAUGGGGGCGAAUAUAGCAGAAUUAUUUCAACAGAUGGCUAACAUGACAAAUGAGGAGAUUGCAUUGGUACAUGCAAAACACGAUAGGGAGUCCAUAAGAUCUUUGUUACCCCGAUUGCAUUAUUAUCAGGAUGGGGCAUGUAUUGUGCAUGACAUUUUUGGGAAUGAGGUUGUGAAAAGAAUACAAGAAUUGUAUGCUGAUGCAUACCUAACAGCACAUUUUGAAGUUCCUGGAGAAAUGUUCGCCCUAGCAAUGGAAGCCAAGAGAAGAGGAAUGGGUGUGGUGGGUUCUACCCAAAACAUAUUAGAUUUUAUAAAACAUAGAGUUCAAGAAGCUUUGGACAGGAACCUUGACGAGCACCUUCAGUUUGUAUUAGGAACGGAAACAGGGAUGGUCACGUCAAUUGUUGCUGCAGUGCGUAAACUAUUGGGCUCUGUGAUUUCAACUUCUGAUAUAGCAAAAAUCAACAUUGAAAUUAUAUUUCCAGUCUGUUCAGACUCAGUAUCAAGAACCUCCGAAAAUGCAUCUGAUGGACAACAUUCUGCUGAUCUAAAUGGUGUCACUAAACUCUCAGUUAUUCCUGGAGUAGCAACAGGAGAAGGGUGUUCCAUCCAUGGAGGUUGUGCAUCCUGUCCGUACAUGAAGAUGAAUACCUUGAACUCACUCCUGAGAGUAUGUCAGCAUCUGCCAAAUGAGAAAAGUAUAAUUUCAUCAUAUGAAGCAGGAAGAUUUGACUCCCAUACCCCACUAGGAAAUUCAGUUGCCGAUGUUGGGUGUGAGCCAAUUUUACAUAUGCAAGAUUUCCAGGCCACCGGAAAAUUGCCGGGGAAGCUCGUUGAUCACAUCCUUGAUGCUGCAAGUAACAAGAGAUAAACUCUUGUUUAAUUACAACUUCAAAGGUCGAAUGUAAACAAGCCCUCUGCUGAGCAUCAUUACUUCUGCUGGUUUAUGUGCUUGACGACAAUCUUUAGACGCCAUAAGCAAAUAGAAUAUUGCUCCUCGACUGUUUGUUUUUGUUUCUUUCUUUGGAUUCUUAUCCCUUUUCACUACCAUUUUGCUAUCAUUUUUGUCUUGCUUCCGUUGAUGUAGAGGCAUGUUUUUUUUUCUUUUUUUCAGAAGCAUGUAGAGCGCAUGCUAUUUAUACAAAAAGAAAAGAUAAGAACUGAAAAUGAAGUGAUUAUAUAUUAGCCAUCCUAAUUCUCGACUUGUCCAGAAAAAA